AUGUCUGCCGGGCUCUCAGAACUCUUCAAAAACACCGCGCAGACGCUCCCGCCGAUAGAGAGCAAUGAGUUCGGAGCUAAUUUCGACGUAUUUGGAAAUUCCCGCUUGGUUCUCAUCGGUGACGGAAGCCAUGGAACGUCUGAAUUCUAUCGAGCGCGCGCUGCUAUCACCAAACGCCUGAUCGAAGAGCACGGCUUCACCCACGUGGCCAUCGAGAGCGACUGGCCGGAUGCCCGCGCCAUCGACCAAUACGUGCGGCAGCAUCCUCGCCGGUCCGAGGGCGUGCCUAUUCGCGUCUUCGACCAUUUCCCGCGCUGGAUGUGGCGCAAUACCGAAGUCCAGGAGUUUGUAGAUUGGCUUCGAGAGCACAAUGCGAAACUACCCAUGAGCCAGAGGACAUCGUUCAACGGCUUGGACCUUUAUAGCAUGGGGGCGUCGACUCGGGCGGUGGUUGAGUAUUUGGAUAGGGUUGAUCCAGCGCUUGCCAAAGCAGCUAGGAAGCGGUAUGGCUGUCUCGAGCCGUGGCUCCACGAUCCGCAGGAAUACGGGCGCAAGUCAUUCUACGAGGGCACGGCCCAGUGCGAGCCGGGGGUAAUCAAGAUGCUGCAGGAGCUCCUCUCGAACCGGAUCCAGCUGGCCUCGCACCCGGAAAACGGCGAGGCCUUCCUGGAUGCCGAGAUGAACGCUCGCGUUGUUCAAGACUCCGAGGUUUACUACCGGGCCAUGUUCUACGGCGACAAGAGCUCGUGGAACAUUCGCGACACUCACAUGUUCAGCACGCUGUCGCGUCUUAUCAAGCUCAAGCCCGGCUCCAAGGCUGUCGUGUGGGCUCACAACUCGCAUCUGGGAGACGCCAGGGGGUCGAGCAUGGGCACCAAGCGCGGCGAGCUUAACUUAGGACAGCUGUGCCGCGAGCACUUCCCGAACGAGGUCUCCAUCAUAGGAUGCGGGACGCACACUGGAACCGUGGCUGCCGCGGACGAGUGGGACGCGCCCAUGAAGAUCAUGCACGUUGUGCCCUCACGUCCGGAUAGCUAUGAAAGAAUGAUGCAUGACACUGGAAUCCCGUCCUUCAUGGCUGAUCUUCAUGGCGUGAAGACCGAGCCCAUGUUGCAGCGAUUUAUUGGCGUCAUCUAUAGACCGAGUACUGAAAGAUGGAGUCAUUAUAUUCAGACCGUUCUUACUGAGCAAUAUGAUGCAUUUCUUUGGUUUGACGAGACAAAUGCCGUCCACGCAUUUGAAACAGCACAACCAAGAGAGGCCCUCUCAGUAGGAGAAACCUACCCGUUUGGGGUGUAG